AUGGUGUCGACAAACCAACCGUUCCAAGGGGUGAAAUAUGAUGUAUCCAAAGGAUCCCACGGACGUGCUAUCGUUGUGGAAGACCUCACAGGAUGGGGUGUGAAGUAUGUUCGAAUCCAAUGGGUGGACUUGACGAACAACAUCCGCUUUCGCGUUCUCCCUCUUGCGUACUUCCACAAGAUACUCCAAACUCCGCGGCCUGGCACCUCGCUCACCAAGGCGGUCCUGGGCAUUGUGUUCAUCACUGUCGUGGAUGGGUUCAGCCCAACGGGAGAGUACGUCUAUGCGGUGGAUUUGUCGACGUUGAGGUUGUGCCCAUAUGCGCCAGGCCACGCAAGUGUGAUGGGUUGGUUCGAGGAGAAGGAGCCGGUUGCCGGCGUUGAAGGUCAUCGAUCUGUCGAGGUUGACCUUUGCCCACGGACCAUCCUCCGUCGCGUCGUUGAAAAAGCAGAACAACGAUGCAAUACUCAAUUCCUCAUCGGAUUCGAAACCGAAUUUAUUCUUCUGAAAAAGACAUCGCCAAUAGAGGCGGGCAACUCACAUGGAUGGUGCGUUGCCUCAGCGCUCCCGACAGGAUCAGCAGAAGCACAGAUACUUGAGGAGAUCGUGGACGCGCUACAGGCUCGAGGGUCCGAUGUAGAAGUGCAGAUGUACCACGCAGAGGCCGCGCCAGGUCAGUAUGAGGUUGUAACGGGACCCCUUCCUCCUCUGCAGGCAGUCGACGCACUCAUACACACCCGCGAAACCAUUUUCAAUAUCGCAAGCAAGCAUGGCAUGAGAGCUACCCUCGCACCACGCGUUUUCAUGGACAACUGCGGAAGCGCGGCGCAUGUACAUAUCUCAGUGCACCCUUCCAGUGGAGCGUCACCAGCCCAUCUCCCACUGUCUACCAACUCCGUGCUUACCCCUCUCGAAUCGUCAUUUCUGUCCGGCGUUCUCGCGCAUCUCUCAUCUAUCGCACUCCUUGCCUUGCCUACAGAACCAUCUUACAAGCGUAUGGCCGACGGUGUCUGGUCCGGAGGGACAUACGUUUGCUGGGGCAGAGACAACCGAGAGGCUCCUCUCCGACUGUGCAACGCGUCUUCCCCCACCUCACGUAACUUUGAACUCAAGACGCUGGACGGAACAGCCAACCCAUAUCUGGCCAUAGCUGCUGUUCUGGGUGCUGGCCUUGAUGGAAUUGAGCAUGGGAGGGAGUUGAAGAUCAAGGAGUGCAGUGGAGAGAAAAGCGCGGCUCUGUUGGGGUCAGCAGGGAGGGCGGAGCUAGGGAUCACUGAGCGGUUACCACUAAGCUGGAAAGAGGCACGGGUCAACUUUGAAAAAAGCGAACUCGUCGAUGAGUUUUUCGGUGCUGAAUUCAAGACAAAGUUCUUGGCAGCGAACAAGACUUUGCAAGAACAAAUGUCUUUCGGGUUAAUGGACGAUGAGGAACUAAAACUCUUCGUUGAAACAUUUUAA